UUCUCAGGAGUAAGGUUUAACUUCUAGUAUAUUUAGUAUGUCUGAACAAUUGUCACCACAAAAACCUCUGUUUUCUCUUUUCUUUUGGGUCUCUAAGCAUGAUUUUAGACCAUUUUAAUGCAAUGAGCGUGUCUUUGACAGAGCUGAAUCGACGACGACCAUGAAGGGAAAUCAGAACGGAAAAUUAUGUCUUUCAAAUAGUUUGGGGAGGCAUGCAGUUCCCCUGGAUUUCAAAACGAACUUAGAUCGUAUAGUAUUUGGGACAAAAGCCAUGGAUGAACUUUGUAACAGUUCAAAAAUUUUGGAAGAUUUUGCCAAUGACAGCAAAUAUGGAAUUAUAGAUACUCUGGUGAAGGAAAAUCUGAAUGGAUUCUUGUUUCAUCUAAGUGAUUGUGAGAGGGAUGGAGUUCUAUCGGCUUUAGAUGAAACUUAUCGUAAUGAAAAUGAAUACAGAGAUUCCGAUAUUCCAUGUAUCAAUGCUUCAGAAAUGUACAAGACAGAUACAAAUUUAUAUGCUGAUGAUCAUGUUUCGGAAUAUGAACUGCCUGAGCUGAUAGUAUGCUACAAAGAAAUGAACUGUCAUGUUAAGGACAUAUUUAUUGAUGAAAUUAGGUAUACAGAGGAGAAAAUGAUGAUGGAAAGCUAUAAAUCUGCCUCAGAAAUUUCUUUUGGCAAGGACACAUCAAAGGAAUGUCGCCCCAGUGAUUUAACACAGAUAGGUGAAGCAAACUGCGGUGCAACUGGCAAGGUCGAAACUGAUGUUUCAGAAGAAGGAUGUUUGAAAAAUAGAGCACCUCCCGUGCAAGAGUUUGGAGCAUGGAGUUGCCUCAGGUCAUUUCUCCACGACGUUCCAACACUGCCUGGUCAGAUUCCUUCUGGAAAUUCAAUUUCAGAUAAUCCUUCUGCAAUAUUAGGGGAAACAGAACCAAAUAAAGGAGUUCAGUGCAUAAGCAGAAAAGAGAAUAUUGAAAAUCCCAGUGCACAAUCCUUUAACCACAAGGAUAUGAGAUACGAGGACCAGUCUCCCAAUGGCCGUGUUCAAUUCAUUAGCAGCGAAGACAGAAGUAUUAAAAAUGAAAAUGAUCAAGUCCUUGACGCACAAAAUGUUCAUGAUCAUGAUCAUGAUCAUGAGCAGCAUGAGCUUGGGAAAUCUUUUAGCAUUUCAUUCAUUUCCCAAGUUCAAUGUGAUGAGGAAGAGUCGAGCUUUUCCACAGCAGAUGUUACUACUUAUUCAGGGCCAAUAGCUUAUUCCAGGAGUUCAGAUGUGAACCAUGUCUAA